AUGAACGGGUACGACGACAGCGAGGAGGAGGACAACAAUCCCUUCUCAGGUACUAACCACUUAUAUGCAUCUGGAAUAGCUGCAGUACCUGAUGGUCAAGACGAUUUUGUUCCUCCCACAUCUCUCACGGAGAUUCAAGAAAAAGAAGAGACCAGGGAUGAGUUAAUGCAGCAGUUGUUUGGAAGUGAAAUUCGGCCCAGUAAUCAGUCAGAACUUGAGAACUCAGAAACAAUAGAUGAGGCUUGGCAGGUAGACACCGAUGAUCCUGAAUCGCUGGGCCCUCCACUUUCUAUUCAGCAUGAAUCCCUAAGUUUAGGCCGAGUCCCCACAUUCCACCUUCCCAUUGAGAACCAAAAAGUAAAGAUUAUAGAUGCUGGCCAUUUCCGAGAUGCAUAUGGUAAAUACGCCAUUGGCUACACUAUUGAGUUCGAGGACAAGCAGGUCGUGAGGAGGUAUUCGGAGUUCGACACUUUAAGGCACGCCUUAUAUCGGCUACUACCCACAAUCAUAGUUCCACCAAUUCCUUCAAAGCAUCCGCUGAUAAGGUAUUUUUUGAAUCCUUUGAGCGCUGAGAAGGAUAUAAGAAUAAUAGAUCGGAGAAAGAGGUUGCUUUCCUUGUUUUUGAACAAUUGCUAUGCGGUACCAGAGGUCAGGGAUCACAUUGUUUUUAACAAGUUUCUGGAUCCGGAACAAAUUUGGAAAAAUGUCAUCAAUUCCCCUCCCAUCUCUAUCAUCCCUCCUAACAAUUUACUAGCACCACCUUUACAGCCAACAAAACCAAGCCCUCUCCACUUGUUACUCCCGAACGCAAACCACAAUCCUAACAAAUUGGAGCCUGCAAAUAUCAAGGAUGAUACUUGGAACCAGGAAUCUCAGUUUAAAGAGGUUGAAACGGUUUUGCGAAAAUUCGAGAAAGUUUUGAAUCCCCUAGAGAAAACCUCUAAGCAAAAUAGGAUGCAUUUUCAAGCAUUGGCGUCUUCGCUGGCCGAACUGGGCGCCUACUAUAAUGCUUUCAGCUUAGAGGGAAAUAUACUGACAAUUCGUGAUCACUUGCAACAAAUUGAAGAUUUGUCCAAAGGAAUCGAAAAGACUGGACAAGCCAUCGAUGUUAACUACGUAAGCUCUGAAAUCGUUGCCGAGCAAGUGACCAUCCUUAUAGAAGAACCUGUUGCCGAAAUGAUACAGUCAAUUUCGGAAGCCAGAAAUGUUUUGCAAUUCAGAGAACUGAAAAUGGGGCAAUAUCGAAUCGUGGAGUCCACAAUCAAGCGGCGUGAGCUGCGAAUCAAAAACCUUGAAGAAGCUCAACAGCAGAUGGAGAGGUUGGAGGAGGCUCUGCGAAAAAAUGCACAGCAGUCCCCAACUGUCGCCCUUGCUGUCCAGAACAUGAGGAGUAGAAACACAACGCCAGGAUCUCUGACGCCGUCGCCCUCAGGUUCUCAAACUAGCUCCAAAACAGACGGUAGUUCUAACAGGGCUGGUUGGACUGAUCUUUUCAAGUCCAGGAGAUCUGCUGGCAACGGUUCUCGAACUCGGCGCUCUUCCUCAAAUGCGCGAGAACUAGAACCACACCUGUUGACAGACGACGAACGCAAGGAAGAAGUGAUAAAGAUUAAACAGGAACUGCAAAAAUUGAACGAGUGCUUCAAAUUGAUCAAAAAAGAUGUGUACCAAGUCAAUGAAUCAGUUCACACAAGUUUAAUGCAUUUACUGUACUACUUGAAAGAAAGGUGCUCCAUGAUUUUGAAAUCGUUUGCUCACGUUCUUUUGGUGUGGCUGAAGGAUUCUUUGGUUGCAUGGCAAAAUGCUAGAGUUGUCAUCGAUAGUAUAGAGGUCUCGUCUCAAUGA